GCUUGAAUAGAUCGGUUCAAAAUGCUUUUAAGUAGUUUAAUUUUACUCAUAUCUCUCAGUAACGUUCUCACUGCUGAAUCAUGGAGGAAACCCGGAUGUCAUCGAAUCGGUCAUACGAGGAAUAUCAGUAUACCAGAUUGUGUGGAGUUUAAAAUUACAACAAAUGCUUGUCGCGGUUUCUGCGAGUCUUGGUCACUACCAAGCAUCAUGUUGGGGUUCAAACGACAUCCAGUCACUUCACUAGGCCAGUGCUGCAACAUAAUGGAAUCUGAGGACGUUCCCGUCAAAGUGUUGUGCUUGGAUGGAGAAAGGAACCUUGUAUUUAAAUCGGCGGUUUCCUGUGCCUGCUACCAUUGUCAAAAAGAAUAAAUUAAACUAGGUUUAAUAGAAUUUGAUAAGAUAUCUGUAUAGUCAAUGUUAAAUCUUUAUGUACUAAUUAAUUUAAAAUAUAGGUAUUAAAUAUGUAACUUGCAGCA